GUUAGCCAGUGUGUUCGCUGUUUCCUGCCUCUGUGUGUGUGUGUUUUCACGUGACUAGUCAGAGGGCUAGUGCACCUCUGAGGCAGCAGCAAACUGUGAAAGCAAAAGGAAAUACUGCAGUGCGGAGCUCAAUAUCUUCCUAAUUAAUUUAAUAUAAAGUGGAUGCCUCAAAGUUUAAAACAUGUUUUCACUCGGGGAAACAAUGGACUUCCUCAUAGGAAACCCUUUUUCGACGCCAGUUGGUCAGAGAAUCGAGCAAGCAACCAGCGGCUCUCUAGAGUCGGAGGACUGGGGCCUCAACAUGGAGAUAUGUGACAUCAUCAAUGAGACGGAUGAGGGUCCCAGAGAUGCAGUCAAAGCUAUUAAGAAGAGGAUUGUUGGAAACAAGAACUUCAGAGAGCUCAUGUUCGCUCUUACUGUUCUUGAGACUUGUGUGAAGAACUGUGGCCAUCGCUUUCACGUUCUGGUGGCAUCGCAGGAGUUUGUUGAAGGAGUUUUGGUCCGUUCUAUUCUGCCCAAAUAUAAUCCCCCCACUGUCCUCCAUGACAGGGUGCUUAGCCUCAUCCAGGCAUGGGCUGAUGCGUUUCGUAGCUCCCCCUCCUUGACAGGCGUGGUGUAUGUAUAUGACGACCUGAAGAGGCGAGGGCUGGAGUUUCCCAUGACAGACCUGGAUGCCCUGUCCCCUAUUCACACCCCAAACAGGAGCAUCCCAGAAAACGGGAUCACUGACACACCCCCUGCAGCUGCUGUCGAACCUCAAUCACAACCACAAGCCCCUUCCAGCUCUCCCAGUCAAAAUACUUCACCUGCAGUCCAAUCCAGUGACCAGGGACCAGUCUCCCUCUCUGCAGAACAGGAGCACAAGCUGCGAAGUGAGCUAGCACUGGUGAAGGGAAAUCUCAAAGUGAUGUCUGACAUGCUGACUGAGCUAAUACCUGGGCAGUGCCAACAAGAUGAUACAGAGCUGCUACAGCAACUAUACUCUGUGUGUAAGAGGAUGCAGACCCGAGUGGUGGAGCUCAUCCCCCAGCUGCUGGAUGAAGGAUUCAUUGAGGAGCUGCUCGUGUUGAAUGACGACCUCAACAACACCUUCAUCCGCUAUGAGAGGUUUGACAGACUGAACAAGGCACAGGUUAGUACUCAACAGCAGAGCUCUGCUGGCACUCCGAGCCUCACAGACCUCAGCCAACCUGCUGUCGUCACAACAGACAGCCAACCGGCAGUCAGUACCUCGGCCAUUCAACAACAAUCAGCCAACCACAAAGAGGAGGAGGAAUUUGACAUGUUUGCUCAGACUAGAGACAGCUCCCUGGCUGAGCAGAGGAAAAGUGUCAGGUACGAGGACCCAGGAGCUGUGGAGGGCCUCGCUGGAGCUCUGGACACGAGGUUGCAGGUCACAGGAGGGAUGCCACCAGAUAAAAACUCGCACCAGAAUGAUAGUGGCAAUUGGUUAUCUUGUCAUACGGAAGAGCCGUCCUCGGUUUGUGAGGGAGUGUCUAGUGAAGAGUUUGAUAAUUUUCUGGAGGAUCGAGUGAAGGCGGCAGACCACAGCAGCCAAGAAACUCGCACCGUUCCGCCCACCACAUCCAGACCACCACCGCAAUCUACCCAGCAGCAGGACGGAUCACAUGACCAACUGUUUUCACUUUGAGUUUGGGGACAGACAAAAAGGAACAGGCGGAUGUAAAGUUCAACUUACUGAAAUGAGCACAUGAUCACACAUGUGCUGUGCCAAGUCAGGUUUUCUCUAAAAGUACACAAACACAUGUACACAAAAUAAAACCUGACACUACAGGACUGCUGCUUAAUCAGCUCAUUGUAUAAUGCAGUAUUUCUUAGUUUACUUUUCUGGUUAUCUUUUUGUAAGUACACACAAGGGUUAACUAUAUUUUUGAAAUAUAUUAUGCUAAUGUUGAUUAAAACAAGAACCUAAAACUUUACUUUUAUAAUAUUAAGAAUGUGGGUUUUUUUUGUUUGUUUGUUAUCAUGUGCCUUACCAGAAAGCUGAUUUUGUGAAGAUGAGAAUAAAUGGGUUUUUGUCCAGCAGAACAUGUUUUCUCCCUCUCUUGUCACUAUC